CUCACUACUACUACUAUUUCAUCUAUUUCGUGCGGGCUCUCGAUGUAUUAUCAAUUAAGAUCCUUUUAACAAGGUGAUAUAUUGAAACUGCCAAACACAACACAACAGCUCAAAGUGGAUUUCUCUCUUGCUUUCUAGCUUUAGGACCAUCACUUGUUGGAAGACUCAUUGCUUUCUGUUUGCUUUUCUUUUUCUUUUCCUCUCUCCACUUUUCUCUCACCCUUUGCUCAAAUGGAUUCUUCUCAGUGGCCACAGGGUGGUGUGGAGGGUAAUAGUCCAAAGAAGACAAGGACAGAAAAGGAAAAAGCGGCAUUGAAUUGUCCAAGGUGUAGUUCCCCCAACACCAAGUUCUGUUACUACAACAAUUAUAGCUUGUCCCAGCCCAGGUACUUUUGUAAGACCUGUAGGCGCUAUUGGACCGCAGGUGGUUCUCUGAGGAAUGUUCCGGUCGGCGGCGGUUCAAGAAAGCACUGCCGGAGAUCCUCUUUUUCAUCUCCCUCCCUCUCUUCUAACAAGAAUCUCAUCACUUCCACUGCCCCAAAGAUGAAUUACCUAGCUUAUGAUCCGCUGCCGCCUGCGACUGUUACCGGCGGCAGCGGGAAUAACAAUACUUUCAGCGGCAUUUCUGGGCUUGUGAAUCUGAAUCUGAAUCAGAAUCAUCAGCAGAAAAAUGGGUUUUUUUCUUCUUUCAUGGGCAUGUUGCCGCUGCCGGCAGCUGACCAUAUGUUAUUUCCGCCGCCGGCUGGGGUUCAUCCAAACGGCGGCGGCGGCGGUGCCUUCAACUUUUGUUUGGAUGGGUUUUAUGGGAAUUUACUGCAAGGGUCCGGGGGCGGUUCAGGUAAUGCCAGGCUCCUCUUCCAUGAUGCUGAUGUGAAGCCUGCAGUUUCGGCGGCGGAGAUUGACAAUGAUCGGCUGUUUGGUCAGCGGCGGCCGCCGGAAGAGGAGGCAGCUGCUGGCGGCGGCGGAGUUGGUGGUGAUACGGGGAAUAAUGGGUAUUGGAAUAAUAAUAACAGUAAUCAUAAUUAUGGGAUGCUAGGUGGAGGAUCAUGGAUGGUGUGAUUAGUUAAUUAAUGAAUAAUUAAUUAAAUAUAGGUGGUGCUUAUUUGGUGUGGGGCUUUUGUUCAUUUCAUCAUUUUGUUGCAUGUUCUUCACUAAUUUUUCUUGUUCAUGUUACCUUUGGUGAUCAAAUGUUGGUUUUUAAGUGUAUUGAUCAAUCAAGUAAUAGAGUAAUUAACAGAUUGGGGCCGGUUUGGACGUAGUGUUUUAUUCAUAUAUUCAAUUCAUAUCUCAUAGAGAUCAACAUUAUAUGGUGCUACAUAUAUUUGGGAGUUCUGCCCUAGCUAAUAGCCUAUUAUACAUGCUAUGCUUGAAUUGAAUUUGUUUCUUACUACUCUGUGAGUUCUUUUUGAACAAACUCGUUUGAUCAGUAAAUUUUAUUUUGUGUUUCUU